AUGCCACAGAAGGGGUGGCAGGCAGAUCAGGGGACAGAAGGCUUGUUGCUAAAAUCCUGCCGAGACAUUUCAGAAGGCAAGCGUCUCCACAACCAAAUCACCCGCCAAUUGCCUCACGAUCGCUACUUGGGCAAUCUCUUGAUCCAAAUGUAUGGCAAGUGCGCGGAUCCCACUUCUGCGCUGUUUGUCUUCCAAUGCAUCCAACAUCGAAAUCUCUUCUCCUGGAGCCUUUUGAUCACUGCGCUUGCGCAGAACGGAUCAAUUCUGGAAUGCAAAUUUCUGCUCGAGAAAAUGCCACAAAGAGAUCUUGUGGUUCUGAACACCGUCGCAGUUGCAUAUGCCCAAACUGGGUAUUUUGAUUUGUGUAAGAACCUGUUUGACAGUAUGCCACAGCGAGAUCUUAUCGCAUGGACGGCUCUUUUCCGCGCCUAUUCUUUACGAGGUUAUCUCCAAUCCGCUGAGUAUAUCUAUCUCAAGGUUCCAAGCUAUGACGUCAUGUUUUCCAACGCUAUGCUUGUAGCAUAUGCCCACUUUGGGCAUAUUGAUAUGGCAAGGGACGCGGACGAGAUCUUUCAAUCCAUGCCCGAGAAAAAUGUGGUGAGUUGGAAUUCUCUUGUGACUGCUCUUCACAGGCGGGGGAAUCUGGAGCAAGCCGAGACCACGUUUGAAUCCAUGGCCGAGAAGACAAUCUCAUCGUGGAACUCGAUGAUCACAGGCUACGCUUCCAACGGCGAGCUCGAGGAAGCCAUGAAAAUUUUCCAUUCGAUGCCCAGGAGAAACGCCAUCUCUUGGAACUCCCUCUUAGCAGCCUGUGCAAGGGAUACUAAAUGCUCGAGCGAUGAAGCUGAAAAACUUUUCCACGGAAUGCCAGGAAGAACGAUGGUUUCCUUCAACACCAUGAUAGCUGUGUUCUCGCAAAAUGGAAAUCUCGAUCUGGCGAGGAAAGCCUUUGAUGAUGUUCCGGAAAAGAACCUUAUCUCCUGGACAGUUCUCAGCGCUGGAUUUGCCCAGCACGGCCGAGCAGAUAAUGCCAUGAAUCUCUUCAAACAAAUGGACGUCGAAGGCUUAGAACCUGAUGAGAUUUGUUUCCUCACCGUUUUUCUUGCAUGCAGCCAUGCAGGAAAGCUGAGCGAGAGCUUCCUGUUCUUUCUGGCUAUGGUGGACGACUACCAACUUUUGCCAAUAGCAGAGCACUAUUUCUGCUUGAUAGAUGUUUUGGCACGAAAUGGAAGGCUGGACGAGGCCGAGGACUUGAUCCAAAGCCUGCCAAAUCGAGAGAACAAUGUCCAGUGGAUGACUCUUUUGGGGGCUUGCAAGACACAGAUUGACAUUGGUCGAGCAAAUCGAGCUGCUGGACUUGUCAUCAACUAUGCUCCAAAGGUUUCUUCUGCUGGUUACAUUCUUUUGUCCCAAGUUUAUGCUUUAACUGGUAUUAGCUUAGGAGUAAAUUCUAAGUAA